AUGACUUGGUUUGGACCGAACACCCGCCCGUGUGGAGAACCCGGGUCGACUCCUCCUGGUUCUGGGCAUUUCCUCAGCGAGGCUAACACCAGGAAGUGGCCGCAACAUUAUGCCCUCGUCAGACCAUGGCCUGAGGAUGAAUCGAUCCCUCCCGGAACCUCUCCUCCUCUGGACCAAUCAGGGGUGUCCGCUGCCCUGGCUCCAUCUGCUCUCGCGAGCGGGUGGCGGGACUCCCUCCUCUACCCGGCCUCCCAGGGGGGCCUCCGACGGCUGCGUGGGGCUAAUGGGACCAUCACUGGUGGGAAGAGGGGAUCAGUUUACAGCCUCAGCUCCGGAGAGGAGGAGAAUCGACUUCCUGGAGCAGAAGAAAUACCGACACAGGCCUCUGACACAUGCCUUUAG